AUGACGGUUGCGGAACCACGCCGGAACGGAGCUCCACACGCUCUGGGUCACGGCAACGAGGCGAACGGAGGCUCCAAGAAGGGCGGGAGUACCCCAGCUUAUCCUCCCAUCUCUUCGAUUCCGUCCACUCCUGCCGCCCGUCUUGACGAACCGGACGCCCGUCCCAGCCCAUUCCCGAAGGAACCAAUUCUCGCGAAAGAUUUUCAUCCUAAAGAUGGAGUCCCCGUGCCGGCGACAAUCCUCUACUUCGCCUACGGCUCCAACAUGUGUGCCAAGUCGUUCCUUGGUGUGCGAGGAGUCCGGCCCUUGAGCCGGAUCAACGUCUGCGCGCCAGCUCUGGACCUUGUCUUUAAUCUUCCAGGAGUCCCCUACCUAGAGCCAUGUUUCGCCAACACCGCUAUCCGACAAGUCCCCGCUAAACCGCCAGUCCCUCCAGUCAACACUACAACCGAUGACGAUCACCAUCCCAUCGACCCCAUCUGGACGAAAGGCGUCUACGGCAUUGUCUACGAAGUCACACCCUCCGACUGGGCCACAAUCGUAGCCACCGAAGGCGCCGUCCGCAAAAUCGGGCAUGCCCAACCCUCCUUGCGGUACCUUAACCUUCUCCGCACGGGCGCCAAAGAACACUCCUUGCCCGACGAGUACCAGGCCUACCUCAAUGCAUUGCGGCCCUACACAGUGACAACACGACGCCAGCGCUGGGGACGGAUCCUCUUCUUAGGGUUUUGGGCACCGCUUGUGAUGCUGAUGCUGGUAAGCGGGAAGAUCUUUGCGGACGAGAAGGGCCGGGCGCCGGGAUGGUUGGCGCGGGUGAUGGGCGUGGUGGUUAAUGCAGUGUGGUUGAGUUAUGACUAUGUGGCGAAGCCUAUUUUUGGGGAGGGAGAGAGAACGAUUGAGCACAAGAUGAAUGGGAGAUGGGAGGAGAUCAAGACGAAGAGGAGGAGGAAGAGUUUUGCGAGUGGGCUGCGGGGCAGGGAAGAAGCGGUUGAUGAGGAGAAGAGGGUGCUGUUGGAGGGUCACAGCGGCUGA